CUGGCAUCUGCAAUGCACACAAUCUGUUCGACUGAAUUCAGUCACACCCAUUAUCACACGAGACCACCAACCUAACUCGCAACACGACCACACAACACAACCAUGCGGCGUGCGCUCACGUUGAUGAAGAAGGCGGCGGAGAAUGAGGGAGGCGUGUUGGACAUGCUGAAGAUCAUUGCACGCCCGCCCGUCGCCAGAAAACGCCCAGAGCUCACACGAGAGGAGCUGGACAGGAGGGCAAAGCUGGUGAAGGAGUGGUCGAAGCACUGCCAGCGGCAUGAGAACCGGGUGAUGAAGCGGAUGUCACAAGCUGUGAAGGCGAGAGAUAGGGCGCUGUUUGCGCUUGCUGAUAUUGAUGAGGAGCUGCUGUACAAGGCGUGCAUGCCGGAUUCCUCCCGCUGGCCGCUGAAGGCCUCCAAGCCCCUCGCAACCCCUCCCAUCCCAGGCUACAACCCCCAGGCAUCGGCCAAGCAAGAAUGAUGCGUGUUUGAUGUAGCUUGUGUGUGCGUGUAACUUGUGUGUUUGUCUGUGAUGUAGUGUAUGCGUGUAGCUUGUGUGUUUAUCUGUGACGUCGUGUGUGUCUGUGUGUCUGUGACGUAGCUUGUGUGUGUGUGUGUGUGUGUGUGUGUGUGUGUGUGUGUGUGUCUUUGAGGUAGCUUGUUUGUGGUAACACUGCAACGUUUGUUGCACAUGCUGCUAAUGUUCUCCUUCGCAAUGCCCACAUCCACCUCCAUCACACACCACCUCUCCCAUCUCUCCGUGGUUUCCUUGCUGUGCCUCGUCCCGAAUGUCAAUACAACCAAUCCAACAUGAAUACUGCCUUCGUUUAUCGUUCAUCUACUACACCCAAACAAAAAGAAGAUGGCCCG